AUGUCUGAUUCCAAACCCAUUUUAGAAAUCCCAUCAAAUGUUGUUGUCAAUGAUAGCAAACCUCUGGGGCAAGAAGAACAAACUGCUAAAAAAACUUUAGUUCCAGCCCCAGUUCCAACUACUUCUCCUUGGAAGAAGGUUCCAAAAACAACUGUUGCCACUAGUGCUACUGAUUCUCAUAAAUGGCCUUCUGCUGAAGAAGCCAAAACCAUUUUAAAGGAAAGUGGGGUUUCUAUUACUACUACUACUACUAAUGAUGGUGGUGUCGUUGCCAAUAUUACCCCUAAUGCCACUGUUGUUAAUGGUAGUACCCUUCCCCCUGUAAAAUCUACUGGUGGCAAGGAAAAAUGGGUUCCCAUUGAUGUAUCUAUAACUGUAGGUUCAACUUCAACAGGUUCCAAUCGUAAGAAAUCUAACGGCGGUAAUACAAGUAAUAACAAAAAAAAUGCCUCCAAGAAACCCAAUGGUAGUAACAACAAUAGAAGAAGAUCAUCGAAAAAGAAGACUUCUGAUGCUACUACUAACAGCGCUGAAUCUAACAAAGAAAAUGUCCUUGCAGAUAAUGGUGGCAAUCUUUCAAGUAACAGAAAAAAAGAUGAAUCCAAUAAGAAAUCAUCUAGUGAAACCAAAGAACAAAAAAAACCUACAAAUACAGCUGCUUCUAAGCAAGAAGACGCUGAUGACAAAAACGCCCCCUCAGUUGAAGAAGAUAUUUCAGAGCAAUCAAAACUUCAACCAGAAGGUGACUCCAAUAACACUAUUAAUAAAAAAAAUUUUAAAAAGAACGGUAGCAAUAAUGCACCACAACAGCACUAUAAUCAUCACUACCAUAAUGGCAAAAGAAGCUAUUAUAAUAACAACAAUGAAUCUUUGAAUGUUCAGAAUGGUAAUUUUCAAUCUAAUAAACAUUUUGUUAAGCCACAGCAGCAACCAAUGUAUGUUGUACCUCAAAUCAAUGCUACUGCUCCAUUCAAAAACAGCCAAUAUAUUCCAACCAAUACUAGCAAUUUUGGUGGACACCGUUUUCAUAACGGCAAUAAUGGUAACGUACGUGCAAAAUAUUAUCAGAGGAAUAAUAACAACGGCAACAACAUCAAUGGAACGGUAAACAAUAAUACUACCGCUACCAACGGUUACAGAUAUAAGAAUCAAUACACUGGUGGCAGUAUACGUCAAUACCACAACAAUAAUCAUCAUGCCCACUACCAUCGCCACUAUAGUGAUAAUCACAACUAUCAGCAACAAAAUUAUAACGGCAACGCAUUUUACAAUCAUCAACUCUUUACAUUGCCUCAUCCAUAUGUUGCCGUCAAUAAUGUUGCUAGACAAAUUGAAUAUUAUUUUAGUGUAGAAAACUUGAGUAAAGACUUUUAUUUAAGGUGUCAUUUUGCCAAGGAUAAUGGCUAUGUUCCAAUAUCUUUGAUUGCUAAAUUCUACAGAGUGGUCAAUAUGUCCUUUGGUGGAGAUGUUAAAAUUAUACUAGGCGCAUUAUGCGAAAUUGUUCGUAAUUCAGAAAAUUCUCCAGUUGAAAUUGCUACCGGUAGACAGACAAAUAUAGAAAACCAAGCCGAUCAAGAUAUAUUAAGUAAAUAUUUUAUACGUUCUAAAGACUGGGAAAAAUGGUGUAUUAAAGAUGAUGCUGAAAGAGUUGAUUCAGUUAAUCCUGUUGUUGUAGAAAUUGAAAAAACCUUAUCCAAUUUGGAUUUAAGUGAAUUUCAGAUUGAACCACCAACUUUUGAACCACAAACCAAAGCAAAUGAAGAACAGGAGCAAGCCCAAGAGAUAAUUGAAGAAACACCUAAAAAUGAUUUAGCAGAAAUCGCUGCUUAA